AUGACAUCCAACCAACUCCCCCCACAACUCAAGGCCUCUCUCGAGGCAUCCAAAUGCGAGUAUCGCAAUCUGGGCAAGUCCGGUCUUCGUAUUUCAGUCCCUAUUUUUGGGUGCAUGAGCUUUGGAGACAAGAGAGUUCUUCCGUGGGUUAUUGGCGAGGAAGAGGCACUUCAGCUCCUCAAGGCAGCGUAUGAUCGUGGCCUCAAUACUUGGGACACCGCAAACACGUACAGCAAUGGUGUUUCAGAGGAAAUUGUCGGUAAAGCAUUGAAGAAGUUCAAUAUUCCUCGUCACAAGGUUCUCAUCUUGAGUAAAUGCCGCUGGGCCGUGGGCGAAGAGCCAAGUGCGCGUCACAUCAAUUACAAACCUGAAUUCGAAGCCUCAAAAGACUACCAAAACCAAUAUGGUCUCUCGCGCGCCGCAAUCUUCAACCAAGUCGAAGCAUCCCUCAAACGUCUCGAUACCGACUACAUCGAUUUGUUGCAAAUCCAUCGGUACGAUGAAUUGACCCCCCUUGAAGAAACCAUGAAAGCGCUUCAUGAUCUGGUUCAAUCGGGCAAAGUCCGAUACAUCGGUGCGAGCAGCAUGUGGGCGACACAAUUCGCUCGAAUGCAAUUCGUCGCUGAGAAAAAUGGCUGGACGCAAUUUAUCAGCAUGCAGAAUCACUACAACCUUCUCUACCGCGAGGAAGAACGUGAAAUGAUCCGAUACUGUAAUGACACAGGCGUGGGCAUCAUUCCCUGGGCGCCGCUCUGUCGCGGGCAUCUGGCCAGACCGCCAGCUCAAUUUGGGGCUACAGACCGAAGCAAGAGUGAAAAAGAAAGUUCAGGUGAGCUGUCAGAUGUUGACAAUAAAAUCAUCGAGAGGGUAAUGGAGAUUGCAGAGAAGCAUGGAUGGCCUAUGGCACAUGUGGCGUUGGCAUGGAUCAAUCAGAGGAUUACGAGUCCAAUUAUUGGAUUUAGCAGUGUUGAGAGGAUCGAACAGGCUAUUGAUGCAAAGGGAAAGAGUUUAAGCGAGGAGGAGAUCCGGUAUUUGGAAGAGUUGUAUGAGGCCAAGUCUAUUUCUGGACACAGUUAA